AUGUCCAAAGUCAACACGCUAGUGUUGGAUGCAGGACCUUUGAUCACGCAGUCGGCGUCUACUUUACAAAAGCAUGCUGAAAACUUUUUCACAACUCCAGGAGUUUUCAACGAAUUGAAAGAUGAGCAUGCUCGAAAGCAGGCUGCUUUAUGGGGCGAGAGAUUAUUAAUAAGACAACCUAAAUCCGAUGCUAUCAAAGCGGUGGCUGAUUUUGCUAAACUCACGGGUGAUCAUAUGGUGCUGUCGCAAAACGAUAUCCAUAUAUUGGCUCUUGCUUAUGAGCUUGAAUGCGAACUGAAUAACGGUCCUUGGAGACUCAGAUCGUAUCCAGGAGAGAAAAAGGAACGUCAAAAGAAGCGAAAUGAGGAUCCAAACGAACAAGAAGGAACUAAGGCUAUAGAAUCAAUUUUGGAGGAAAAAAACGAGGAAGCGUCACGAGAACAUGAGGAAGUUCCGAAUACAACAGAAAAGACAAAAAAGAAAACAAGAAGAGGUGGAAAACGGCACAGAAAGAAGCCGAUAGACGGCGGAAAGGAAUCUGUGGCAGACUUCGAGGAUCAGGCUGAAGUUGAUGAUAGUGGAGAUGCGGCAGUGCAACAGAUCACAGAAAAACUAGGACAUCUAUCUACUGAUGGCCAGCUUUCACAGGCGUAUUCGGAUUCAGAAGACGAAGGAGAAUGGAUUACCCCUGACAAUAUAGUAGAGGAGAUGCUCAAAGACGAAAAUGAACGAGUCGAAGCAGAGAAAAGCAUGUCCAAGAUUAAAGUCGCCUUGGUAACCGGCGAUUUCGCUGUUCAGAAUGUCUCGCUUCAAAUAGGCUUGAAUUUGAUGAAUGCAAUGUCAGGACUUCAAAUUCAAAGAGUGAGAAACUACAUGCUCAGAUGUCAUGCGUGUUUUACCAUGAUUCCAUUACCGAAAGAUGGCACACCAAAACAUUUUUGUUCUUCCUGUGGAGGGGCAACUUUGCUGAGAUGUGCGGUUUCAGUCAAUUCCAGGGGAGAGGUUGUUCCUCAUUUGAAGAAAAAUUUUGAAUGGCACAGAAAGGGUGACAGGUAUUCUUUGCCGUCUCCACUAUCCAAGAAUUACACCAAAAAAUAUGGCAAACAGGGUUACCAGCAUCGUGGAAAUCCGAACCUCGACAAUAUUUACUUGCGCGAAGACCAGAAGGAAUACCAACAGGCGCUGAAAAAUGCUAAGUGGCAGCUCCGACAGAACGAGAAAGCAAUGCAAGAAUAUGUGGGUGGUGGAUCGGCAGAUAAUUUCGUCUCUCCAUUUUUCACUGGAACUGAGCAUAUUAAACCGGUCAACGUUAGAGUGGGAAGAGGAAGGUUCGUAAAUUCAUCUAGAAGAAGAAGAUAA